AUCAGCUGAUGUCUGUAAAUACCUUCGGUUGCCAGGAAGUACGCGAAUAUUUCCUGAAGCAGUGAAAAAAAAAACGGGAAAAAAAGAAAGGGGCUUUUAAUUUUUUUUUUUGUAAAGAAUGUAUGCGUGAGAGAGCGAUGAUGCCGAGACGCGUCGUGUUUUGCUUUCGGUCUCGUUUCGGUUGUCUGGUGGAAAGGCCGUUGGGCAUCCAAGUUCAAAAGAUUUAAGGUCUAUUUUUGGGACUUCUCGCAGACGGCGACAAAGUAAUUGGAAAACGGCCUGGAAAAAAAAAGGGGGGAAAACCGCGAGGGUAUUGUUUCUGUUUGCUAUGAUCGGACGAGAAAGGCAUGCGUGUGCUGGUUUUAGCCGUGUUGGCGUGCGUGUUUGAGUGGGAAAGUGCGGCGUGUUAAUUCAUCGGGAGUUGAGACGGCAGGAGCGACGCGACCUCAGCCUCGUCAGAUGAUGGGUGUAAAGUUUAGUUUCUAACGUUUAGCCUCGCCCAGGGCAUAGUUUUCGGCUGAUGGUAGAUCUGUAACAGGGCUUUGUGCCGGGGAUCGGGCUGUGUCGGCUGCGGAGGUCUCGGCGGAUUUCAGGGCUGCCCGGAGCGGAGUGAAGGUGAAAGAAUUGGCGUCUCGUCUAGCUGGUGUCUGCUCCCCCGUCAGACGUGCAAUGCAGAAUCGUGGAAGAGGUCAGCCGUGGGGAAAGUUAGUUAAAGUCGACGCGGGUUCCGAAUCGGAAAUACUGCUCGUCAACAAAGAAUGCACGGUGGGGAGGAAAAAGGGCUGCGAUCUCUCUUUUCCUGCAAACAAACUGGUCUCAGGUGAACACUGCAAAAUUGUUCAGGAUGAAAGCUCAGGGGAGGUGUGGCUGGAGGACAUGAGCACCAAUGGAACGGUGAUAAAUAUGUCCAAAGUGGUGAAAAGACAGAUGUGCCCUCUACAGAAUGGAGAUGUGAUCUAUUUUGUGUACAGGAAAACUGAGCCAGAGCAUAACGUUGCCUAUGUUUAUCAGUCUUUGCCUGUUGACCGGCCAUGUCUGGAAGGUGUCACUGCUGACAUCACUGAUGUACUGUAUUGCGGAAGCUUAAAAAGCUCAGGUGUGGGUGCCAGUACAGACGAUUUGUCUGUCUCUCCCACCCAUACGCCACCUCAAGUCAUGCAGGAUCCCCCUCAGGACGAACCUCAACCUUCCACCUCUACAUCUAACCUCUAUGUCUCAGGUGCUUGUGCCACAGACUUGGCCACCCUACAGCCUUCAUGUUCAGAACCUCAGGGCGAUCCAGUGGAAGACCCCAGGGCAGCAGAGGGUUUAAGGUCCGAGGCUUAUCCUAAUACUGAAGCAGACAGCACAGGGCCUGCCGUCAGCUCCGAUCUGAAGGAGGAUGAAGAGACUGGACCAGAGAGAAAAAGGAGAAAAACAGACAAUGAUGACCACUUUAGCUUACCUGGUCCUGGAUUCAGCAAAGCUGAAAGCUCUCCAAAGGUGACUGUGAAUCCUUUAAUGGAGAAGGGCAAGACCGGGGAGCCAAAAACUGACAAGAUGGAGGAGUCUCUCACUUGUAUCAUAUGCCAGGAUUUGCUGCAUGACUGCGUGAGCCUACAGCCAUGCAUGCAUACUUUCUGUGCUGCCUGCUACUCUGGCUGGAUGGAGCGCUCGUCUCUGUGCCCAACCUGCCGCUGUCCCGUGGAGCGCAUCCGAAAAAACCACAUCCUGAACAACCUGGUGGAGGCUUACCUGCUGCAGCACCCAGAGAAGUGUCGAAGUGAGGAAGACUUGAAGAGCAUGGACAAGCGGAAUAAAAUCACUCAGGAUAUGCUGCAGCCCAAAAUCGAGCGCUCAUUUUCAGAUGAAGAGGGCAGUUCGGAUUAUCUCUUUGAGCUCUCUGAUGUCGACAGUGAGUCUUCCGAUAUUAGUCAGCCCUUCAUUGUGUGCAGGCAGUGCCCAGGCUACAGGAAAGACCCACUCCUGGUCCCUGUGGUCUCUGGCCAGGCCCAUGAAGAAGGGGGUGCCAAGGCAUCAGGGGAAGUUCCCUCCACAUCCACUAAUAUUCCUACAGCGAUCCAAGAGUACGUCUGUUCCCCGCAAGGGAGCCAUGUGAUCUGCACCUGCUGCCUGCAGCCCAUGCCAGACCGUAGAGCUGAAUACAAUAACCAGCAGCUCUCUCUGCAACAGUGUACGGUGUGCCAGCGGCCGUUCUGCCACAUGUACUGGGGGUGCAGUCGAGUGGGCUGCCUGGGCUGCCUGGCACGCUUUAGUGACCUCAACCUAACUGACAAAUGUUUAGAUGGAGUUCUGAACAGCAAUAACUAUGAGUCAGAUAUCCUCAAGAAUUACCUGGCUUCCAGAGGAAUCUCAUGGAAAGAGAUGCUCCAAGAAAGUCUUCUAGCUCUGCAGCAAGGGACGUUUUAUUUAUCAGACUACCGAAUCACAGCUAAUGCUGUGCUGUGCUACUGCUGUGGGCUGCGUGCCUUUAAAGAGCUAACAUAUCAGUACCGACAGAACAUCCCUGCUGCAGAGCUGCCAGCUGCUGUGACUUCCCGGCCAGACUGCUACUGGGGACGCAACUGUCGCACCCAAGUCAAAGCACACCAUGCAAUGAAAUUCAACCACAUUUGUGAGCAGACCCGUUUUAAGAACUGAAGAUCUGUGAAAACAUUGCUCUUGACAUGUUAAUGGGAUCGUCUUCGUGGACUGACUCAUGAUGCUCAAGUCUGAAUUUUUUCCAGUUGUACCCUUAUAUUAAAGUGAACGACCAUGCAGUUUACUUUGCUGUGUAGCACAGCAUUGUUCUAAAGCAGCUAAUGUUUAUUUGCUUUUAAGUGGUCCAUAUCUUGUUCUGACUUGUUCUGUGUAGCAAACAAUAUCAAGUGACCUAAUACUGGACCUACCUGUCUUCAUACAGUGAGUGUUAAGGAAAAACAUGUGGCAGGGCAUAAAAAGACCAUUUUCUCAGACUAAUGACAAAUGUUGAGCCUGACCACCAGUGUGUGUCAGACAUGUGGAAAGAGGGCAUUAAUACAAUGCAUUGUAGUAUUAGUGCAUUUGAACACUUUCAGAUAAGUUCCCUACAUGAGAGCCGUUCAGAUUUGAAUUUACCUUUUUACAGUGCUUAGCAAAAGUACUGGCUUGUCACUGGGUUUAUAAUCUUGACAAAAAAAAUCAUUUGUAUAUACAGUACACCAGUGUUAGAUGCUAGAUUUUGUUAGCCUUUCUUGAUCAAGUGAGGUUAUAGUUGAGAGGUUUUCUUAGCAUACAGUAGUGACAGAUUGCUGUGUAUUUGUACUCCAUAGCUGUUUUUUUUUAACGUUAAGAGCACAUUUAUCCAAUACCUUAUUAAUCAUUAAGUUCUUAAUUCGUCUUGUUUUAGGGAUUUCUCUUCAUGCAUAAAGUUCUUCUUGUUCUAUAACGUAAAGGCUUACAUGUAUUAUCGUCUGAGCUUUCUUAUUCAUCCUUAUUUACAAGAAGUUUUCAUUGAAUGUGCUAGGUUAUUAAUUACUUCAGGCUUGCCUGCUUCAGUGUGCUUUGCUGCUUGUGGGAAAGGACAUGGAAUCCAUAUUUAUUUGUAAAAGGAGUUACUUUGUGUUCUGCGUGUUUCAAGGGGACGCAGUUUCAUCAAUGUAUGAUGUUAGCAAGUAAUAUAGAGAAGUUAUGUGAUCGUUUUGUGUUUUUUAUGCUGGUCGGCGUAAGGCAUGUGAAUAGGUAGCUAAAGAUUUGUAGGUUCAUCAGAUGCCUCACAGACUAAUGUAUGCUUUGCUUAGGAUAAUCAAAUGUGAGUUGACUAAAUAGUACAAAGAGAUCCAUUUGUUAGUUCAGGUGGUAAAAGGCAAUUUCCCAUCUAUAGAGAGCAAAAUUGUGAUACCUGAGUAGCACAAUUAGUAGGUUAAUUAGAAACAGUUAGUGGAAAAGAGUGCCAUUCUCUUACCUAUCUAUUUUUAUAGAUGACCUCAUUAUAUAAUACAAGCAGUAUUUUCUUCUUAUGCCCUUUAUUUAGAACUCACUUAUUUCUAUUUGCGCAUCAACUGCCUCAUAAUUCAUUCUUUAAUCUUCAUGACAUGCAUUAUUACUGUUUUUUCGUUUUUCGCACUUAAGCGUCAGGUGAUACAAUGUGUUUUAAUUUCUCUCUUAAUUCAUACAUUUGAGAGACUUUCAGAGCAAUGCUUAUUUAUGUAACUUCUCAUAAUUUUUGGAAAGAUUUUGAAAAGUUUUUCUCCCCUCAGUAUUCUAUGGCACUUUUUUAGCACUUUUUGCUUAAUAGGGAUUAUUCAAGCAGAGCUCGGCGUUUGUAAACUCAGCUGCGUCGGAAAAAUGGUAAAGGUGGGUGGAAUGGCCUACUGUCUAGUAAUUGUUACUUUAUUGGGUGCGGUUUCAAAAUCAUGGAAGCCGUGGUGGUGAUGGUAUCUUGGUGCUCUCGGGCUGACAGUCUCAUGGUUGGUGAUUGCAAGACAGGAAAACAAGGGAGAUAAAUGAAGGCUGCAGAUUGGUGAAUACUGUGUUGUGCUGCUAAAGUUGGUAAGCAAUGAAAGGUUAUGCACAAUAUUUUGAAGUCACUGCAAUCCUUUUUGAAACCAUGUGUAGCCUUCAGACAAACCUUUUUCUAUGUAGCUGCAAGAUUUUCAGUCUUUUUAGGCGUUAAGUUGCUUUGCUUGUUUCUUCACACUCGGCGUAUGUCGGAUUCAGUGACGUUUGAAGUUAUUCGAAUAACAGAACCUGAAACAUUGUCUGAUGGCAAUAAAAUCUCAAAAUUCACACAUUGUUCAGUUGGAAGGGUUCAGUUACCAUAGAACUGUAUACCUACGUUUUUCACUUGGGGGGGAAAGAAAUCUGUAAUUGCCAGAUCCGCUGAAGUUCUGGAGGCCUGAAACACCCGGAUGAGAUUUGUAACUGUCAUGGCCGAGACUGACAUCAGGACUUGAAAUGGUAAAUGCAUCUAUGGAAAAGGGCAGAAUUGCUGAAAAUGUGAACGGUAACAUAUCAAUUCCUUACCUGGACACUGCCCCACCACACAUGGGUUACAGAGUUGUACAGUUUAAAACUGUCCACUGAGGAAGAAAAAAAAUGAAGAUUAAACACCAUCGUGGUAAUGGCUGAAAAAAUGGGGAACGAAUCACUUUAAAAAGAUGGCCUUAUAACAUUCUGUUAUGCUGGUGUUGCAUUGUACAGUUUUUUAUAUUGUAGUAAUAGAGACUUCAUUAGGAUUAAUUUCAUGUAGGGACCUUUUUAGUGAUGUUAAAUUUUUUGAAGCAGUGUUAAAAAAUCGGCACGUGAAUAAUUCCAGUCUUUCAAAUUGGCCUUUUUUUUUUCUUUUACAAGCAACAUUCUUCAAAGUCUGUUCACAAUCUAGUAUUCCAAAGCACUGUUCUUUCUCCCAUAUGUCUACCUGGGGCUCCAGUACAAUGGAUUAGAGAACAAGUAAUUGCCAUUUUAGAAUGUCCAGUUUAUUCCAACCGGGACAUGUUGUGAAUAAUGUGGUUGGACAGGUCAUUUGUCCAAAGUUUAAAUCGCCAAACUUUAUCUAGCCUGGCAAUAGAUGUACAGAUAUUGCAGUAGAUGAGUGAGAUAAAAGGCAAAUUUAAGUAUAAAAACAACUGUACUGUACAUUUUCUUAUUAUGCAAAAAAAAUAGUGUUGUAAUAUUGUUACAAGCUUGCGUUCAUGCCUUAUCCCCUUUUUGUAGGAUUUCGGGUAAAUUGUAAAUGAACUGUCCCAUCACUGACUCUGCUGUUUAUGUAAUCAUCAACCACCAACUUUUUAAAGGUGGUAUAUAAGUAAAAUUCAGUCUUAUAAGGUGCUGUAAGAGUAUUUGUGCCAUAGGCAUGGUAGCAGAUGUCAGCACUGCCUGUACUCCAGGUUGUUUUUUGUGUUUAAUUCUCCAGUGCUGGUGCCUCUCACUAUGGGUUAACAAUGUGGCAUUCCUUAGCAGAUCAAGCCUGCCCUCACGCCUCUCAUGCAGGCAGGUCAGUUUUAGCUUACUUAAUUUUCAUAGUCUUGAAUAGAAGGGUGAGGUACGUUAAGCUAAGAAACAUUGGAGCUGCUGAUCUGGAACAGGAGUUAAGGAGGUUUUGUGGCAGAUUGAUGUUGCCUCAGAAGGAAACAUUGUAUUCUAAGGCAAAUAUUCUCUCAUGUGGAAGAGUAAGCAUGGAUUAAACUACACUUGGCAUCACAAAAGACCAGUCAAUUCUACCUCAUCAAAGCUUACAACAGGUGUAGAAAGUCUUUGCAUUUUUGUUCAUAAUAUUUUGAUUUACUCAAGGAUUAAGCAGGAAUAUUGAUGUAGGAUCUAAAAUACUUAAUGCCUUUAAGAGCUUCUAGAAUCUUGCCUGUACCAUCACUGCUUAGGUAAUGCAUUGUUAGACUGACUUUGUAAUUAAGGAAACUUAACUGCACUAAUAAAACACUGCAAAAGAG